GGACAUUGAAUGGAGAGAGGAACCAGAGAAGAGCUAGUUCCUAAAAAAAGAAAGUGAAUUUUAUUAGACAACUCGUGCUGAAAGCCCCAAUUUAUUUGCACUUUUGCGAUGGCCGUUGCUUUGUAGGAUCUCUGUCCUCUCUCCCUACAGGAAUUUUACCAAACACAUGGUGGGUGCCAUACCGGUUCACAAACCGACUGAGUCGACCCACCAUCGACUUUUCGAGUUCACAAAAACUGCCCUCAUCAAGAUCUUCGUCGCUCCUUACGCCACGGUGUGUGAUUUGUAUUGCAGUGGCGUGCCUGAUGAAGACAAGUGGGACGAAGCCCAAAUUGGCCACUACAUUGGCAUUGAUGUUGCCGAGGCUGGAAUAGGUAAAGUAAGGGAAGCAUGGGAGAGUCAGCGGAAAACCUACACGUCGGAGUUCUUUGAGCUCGAUCCCUGCCUUGAGGAUGUUGAGCCACGCUUACAGAACAAGGACAAUAUGGCGGACAUUGUUUGCUGCAUGCAGCAUUUGCAGUUGUGUUUUGAAACCGAGGAGAAAGCAAGGAGACUUUUGCAUAAUGUGUCAUCAUUGCUGAAACCAGGAGGUUAUUUCCUCGGUAUUUGUCCCGACUCGUCUACUAUAUGGGCUAAGUACCAAAAGAACGUUGAAGCAUACCACAACAGGAGCAGUAGCAUGAAGGCUAACCUUGUUCCGAAUUGCAUUAGAUCAGAGAGCUACAUGAUCACUUUUGAAGUGGAGGAAGAGAAGUUCCCAUUUUUUGGAAAGAAAUACCAGUUGAAAUUUUCUAGUGAUAGUUCUGCUGAAACCCAUUGUUUGGUUCACUUCCCUAGUUUGAUCAGGUUAGCCAGGGAGACUGGUCUUGAUUAUGUGGAGAUGCAGAACUUAACUGAAUUUUAUGAUGACAAUAGAGCGCAGUUUGCAGGCAUGCUACUUGAUGCUGGUCUGAAUAUUGUGGACCCCAGAGGAAGGCUUCUUCCUCGAUCAUAUGAUGUCUUAGGCCUGUAUACUACAUUUGUAUUUCAAAAGCCUGACCCAGAUCUUACUCCCCCUCUGAUGACUCCCUUGCUGCAAGAUGGAAGUCAUAACCAUGAAGAGAGAAAGAGUCAAGGCACUGGCUGGAGAGACGAUGAAAAGAAUGGACAAACAGAGCCAUCGCUUGCACUGGGCAAUAUAACUGAACAGAAAGGGAUUUUGGGCCCAGGACCAGCAGAUUUGCGCUUUUCAGAAGCUAUCUAACCUUGUUGUGACUUAAAAGCGACUGGGAUGAAAAAUGUAGAGAGGUGACCCCAAGAGUACUUCUAGUUUUUGCUUUUGGAUAAAAAUUAUGUACGUAGUUAGAAUAGUGUAAGAGGUAGGAAGGCUCAGUUAUUGUGAGCUUAGUUGUGCAUCAACUAUGAAGCCAUGCACAUUCUAUGAAUAAAUAAUGCUAUGAUUGUUUGUAGGAAAUGGAAACAUUCUUACUUUAGAAAAGAAACAUAUAGAUGGGAGCUUUCAGCCUUA